CGGCGACGACGUGUACAGAGUGACGUGUCUCCUGUACCUUCCUGGUUUCACCAAGAUGGCGUCACAACAGGGUGAAGUUGAUGAGCUAUUUGAUGUUAAAAAUGCUUUUUACAUUGGAAGUUAUCAACACUGCAUUAACGAAGCUCAGAAAGUAAAGCCAUCAAGCCCGGAAAAGGAAUCAGAGAGAGACAUCUUCUUAUACAGAGCAUACAUCGCCCAGAGAAAAUAUGCUGUUGUGAUGGAUGACAUCAAGCCCAGCUCCUCAGAGGAGCUGCAGGCUGUGAGGAUGUUUGCAGACUACUUGUCCAAUGUGGGCAAAAGGGAUGCUAUUGUAGCAGAGCUGGAUAAAAAGAUGGCCAAGAGUGUAGAUGUGGCCAACACUACUUUUCUGCUUAUGGCAGCCUCCAUCUAUUUCCAUGAAUCAAACACAGAUGCAGCACUACGAACUCUCCACCAGGGGGAGAGCCUAGAGUGCAUGGCAAUGACUAUUCAGCUGUUGUUGGCAUUGGAUCGUGUCGACCUUGCAAGGAAAGAGCUGAAGAAAAUGCAGGAGCAGGAUGAAGACGCCACCCUGACUCAGCUGGCCACAGCUUGGGUCAAUCUGGCCGUUGGAGGAGAGAAACUGCAGGACGCGUUCUACAUCUUCCAGGAGAUGUCUGAGAAGUACUCUCCCACACUGCUCCUCUUGAACGGCCAGGGUGCUUGCCACAUGGCCCAGAACAAGUGGGAGGAGGCAGAGGCUGUUCUUCAGGACGCUCUGGACAAGGAUAGCGGCCACCCUGAGACACUGGUCAACCUCAUUGUGUUGACCCAGCAUCUGGGAAAACCACCAGAGGUCACAAAUCGCUACCUUUCUCAGCUCAAAGACGCUCAUAGAACACACCCUUUCCUCAAGGAUUAUUUUGCCAAGGAGAAUGAAUUUGACAGGCUUGCUAUGCAAUAUGCUCCUAUUGCUUGAACUGCUACGUUUCACUCAGAACUUCUAUUUUGACAUCGGUCACAUUCGUCACCAAAAGGACAUUGCAAGCGGACUGCAGUCUUGCGAACCACCAUAUGAACCUCUGCGGUUGCUAUCCAUGUUCUGUUGUGUUACCACCAUGGCAAAGUCACAGUUUCUAUUACAAUAUGCUUUAUUGUGAUUUUUUUUAUUAUAUAUGUAUGUACUAAACAUUCCUGACAUUAAAAAGUGAUGUUCUUCACGGGA